GAACAUUUCUUUCCGCGACGUUUGACAGACAACACGCAGUCGUACGGAAUCGCCUUCCAAGGAUGGAUACAAUUACGUUGUGUUUCUUCUGCUUUGUUUGUCUCAUAAUCUGGAGAUGGCGAAAAGGAGUGUUCAGCGCAUUCGUCGGCACAAACAUCCCUGGACCGCCCCCUAGAAGUUGGCUUUGGGGGAGCCUGCAAGAAUACUGGAUUCCGACGACUAGCGACUUCAUUUGCAAGGCGGUUCAACAGUACGGCGAUACGUUCGGAUUCUACUUAGGCGAUCAUCCUAUGGUAUUUACGAAGGACCUGAACCUCAUUCGAAAUGUCCUCAUCAAAGAUUUCAACAAUUUCGACGAAAAGGGACUCCACCUCUUCAUGCAUGGAAUUCAUCCUCGACUUAAUGGCUCUCUUAUCUUCAGUGGAGGAGAGAGAUGGAAGGCAACCAGAACGUGCAUGUCACACGCCUUUUCCACCUCCAAGUUAAAAAUGAUGAUGCCAGCACUGUCCCACUCUACCGAUCUAUUCCUGGAAACUGUACGAGAAUUAGCGGAAAAAGACCAACAAGUUGACAUAAGUGAAACGUUUGCCGAUCUCACUUUCGACGUUAUCGGCAAAGGAGCCUUUGGAAUCACAACGGAUGCCCAGAGAAACAGAGGACAUCCCAUCUUCGCUCUUUCUCUACGGGCCCAUCCGGCAAUCAUGAGCGGCUUUGCUUACAAUCUUUUCCAAAGCUUCUCAAGCUUGGGAUCGCUUCUGAUACCCCUGGUGAUGCUGCAUGAUUGGAUGUCUGGAAACCCAUUUACGCUAUUGGCGGACCAGAUCAAGCCUGUUAUCAAGAAACGCAAGGAAGACCCUUCGUUACGAAGACCAGACAUGCUCCAGCAUCUGAUAGAAGCAGAAACUUCGGAAGAAGCGCCCAAGAAUGAAAGCACCGAGAACAGUGAAGAAGAGUCCACGACUGGCAACAUUCCGUCCUCGAAAGCAAAACAUCUCUCGCCCAAUGAAGUUGCAGUUAACAGCACAUUCGUCUUCCUUGGAGGGUAUGAAACGACCAGACUGACCUUGUCGUACUGGUCGUUUUACAUGGCAAAAUAUCCUGACAUACAAGAGAAAAUGAGGAAAGAAGUUAUGGAUGCAGUCGGGCCACGGGGAGAGAUCACCUACCAAGUGGUUUGUGGACUCCAAUAUUCGGAGCAAGUCAUCAAAGAAGUGCUACGAAUGUCUCCCCCCGUUUCAACGUUUUCUACGAGACUCGCUAAGCGGGACUACCACUACAAAAAUAUGAUCAUCAAGAAGGGCAUGAGCAUCACAACUGCAACGCACUUGAUCCAAUCUGAUCCUCAUAUUUGGCACGAUCCAGAUGUCUUUGACCCGGAAAGGUUUAGUCCGGAAAGCAAGAAACGGCUAGCCUUUCUGGCGUUCGGCGCGGGACCUCGUCAAUGUGUGGGCAUGCGCUUGGCCAUGCUGGAAACAGUCUACAUCGCAGCACGGAUUCUGCAGCGCUUUCAACUAGAACUCGGCCAAUUACAAAAGCCUACCCUGGAAUACGUGACAUAUGCCAUGAUGAUGGGGCCUAAAGAUGGUAUUUGGAUAAAAUUUCAUCAACUAGCGAACGACCAAAGUCUAAUAUAGCAUCCAGUCGUAACGUCAUCCAUUCUACGUUCGAGUGAACGGUUAAUGAUUUCUCUUGUCCUGGUAUUACAACGUCUUCCACCAACCAAACAAUGGCUCUGGACAGCUCGAUAACAUCGCUCCAUCGAUGCCCGUCAACAUGUCUCGCCAAUUAUCGAGUGGUACAAAGUAAUCGAGUCUGGAACGCAGUGGUGUACAGUUCUCUCUCUCCUUAUCAUACGACAAUCCUACUGAACCCGCAAUACAAUGUGGGGAGCCCAAAUAAAGAUAUUACUCAAUUUCC